AUGGAGGAAGAAGAAGUAAAAGCUGGAGAGCCGUUGAUGAAGGUCGUGCAGGGGAUGCAGAGAACAAUUAUUGUCACGGCUCCGUACAAUGUAGAAAUGGAGAAUCAGGUGCAAACAUUAGAUGUGGAGGAACUUGGCUCAGCGGCGGCUUUGCAGGCCCCACACAUGAGGCAGAAAAACAGAAUUAUUGUGGACUACGAGGAAAACGAUGAAUAUCGACCGGAAUUGCAACAAGAAGAGGUCGCGUGUGUUUUAAGUGCCUGUGGUCCUGUGCUGACGAUUGAUUCAAGCAAUGGACGCUUUCUUGCGAAUCGUCGGUCGCGUUGCAGCAGCUCAGACACAAACGCAAGUGACGUAGCAAAGGGAAAGAGUGUAAUUUAUAAGCAGAUUGGAAAGCCUACUGCCAGUAUUACGUCGUCCAGUAACUCGGAAAUUGAUCUAGAUGGGCAGACCCGGUGUUCCAAAGUCCCUAAACUUUGCAUGUGCGAGGUAAAACUGCACUGCUCGCUUGACUCGUGCUGGCUUGUGUCCAGUGGUCAGGUUUAUGACGUCACAGGGCAGGUGACAGAUCAUCCAGGGGGAGUGCGCUCAAUUCUUCGCAAAGCUGGCGGUCCAGAUUGUGCACGGGAUAUGAAAUUUCACAGCAAAAAUGCUAGAAAGAUUAUGGAGAAAUGUUUUAUCGGCAAGCUCCGGCAGUGCGGCGAUGAUGUCGAUUGCUCUACAGAAGUUAAUUGUAUUAUUAUGUAA